GGUGUCCAGUCAGACGGAGAGACCCUCCAACAGGCCAGCAGAGUUGUGAUCAUUAAUCUUAUUAGGCUACUUUAUAGACAGUCCUGGUCCAGAUAUGUUUGUGGAACUGUCUUCCUUUGUGACGUAUGUGCACUGGCUAUUUCAGAGCCUGUUUCCCUGUAACCCCCCACAGCUGCUGUCCUCCAGCCACCUCAACACCCAGCAGUAUCUAGGCACUUGGUAUUUCAUUGCAGCUGUGGGAGGGAGACAGUCAGAUGUAGGAGCGUUCACACCGAUGGACAGUACAGUCUUUGACCUGCAGGAGGCGAAAAAGAACAGCACCCUGCUUCUGACGGGAGCCAUCCGGGUAGGAGAUGUUUGCGUCACAAGAGCCUGGACCUAUCACCUGCAUCCCGAAAAGGACUACCUUGAAGUGGAGGGCCGGCCGAACAGGCGCACGGUGCUGUGGAGUGGAGACUGGCUGAGCUGCGCUGACUGCAUCCUCCUGCAGGAGACUGACCUGGGGGAGCUGCAGGAUGAGAUGAACAGAUUCAUGCUGUACGCUCGUAAUGGAUCCCUCAGCACUGACAUAGUGAAAGACUUUCAAGCUAAGAUGUCCUGCCUCGGAAUGAGGGAAUUUCUCUCAUUACCCCAGAAGAGAGAAUACUGCCCAAUGGAUGGAGCACCUGCAGUCUGAGUGAAAAGGUUUAUGGAGAUGGGCAAAGACCUACGGUGAAGGUGCAAGAGUCCUGUUUAACAGCCAAAAUGAACACAAAUGCAUCU